CUUCAUCCUGGUUUUUCCAUCCCGACCAUUCCAGAUGGUGGGAACCAUACCCUAGGAUUUACGGGAGCUGCACGUUCCGAAGUAUCCCAUGACGCCUGUUUGGUGGUAUCGAAGGUGCUCGCUGCCGUAGGCAUGCGAGUGCUGACUGAAGAGGCCUUCCUCCAGAAAGUUAAGGACACAUUUGAGGAAGAUAAGAAACUAAGAGUGUAGCCACUGACUUGUCAACCUUUUUGAUUGUAAGAUCAUCAGCUACAAUUUGCGUAUGUUAGAACGGAUGACG